GUUUGCGAAUUCUGUAAACUAUACUAUUUUGGCUGUAUAAAGAUGUCGCACCUUGUGAAGAUGGAAAAUGGCCAGAGCCAGACGAUACAGGAGAUGCUUGGAUGCAUUGAACGCUACAACCCCGACCAUUUGAAGACUCUGGAGGCGUACAUUCAGGACCAGGCCAAGAAUAACACCUACGACCUAGAGGCCAACCUGGCCGUUCUCAAGCUGUACCAGUUCAAUCCGCACAUGCUCAACUUUGAGAUCACCUACACGAUUCUGCUGAAAUCGCUGACAAAUCUGCCACACACGGACUUCGUGAUGGCCAAGUGUCUGCUGUUGCCGCAGCAGAUGAAAGACGAAAACAUUCAGACCAUUAUCGAUCUAGCAGAUAUACUGGAGCGUGCCGAUUUCACACUGUUCUGGCAGCGCGCCGAGGUUAACCGUACCAUGUUCCGCCACAUCAGCGGCUUCCAUGAUUCCAUUCGUAAGUUUGUCUCCCAUGUUGUGAGCAUCACCUUCCAGACCAUCAAGAAGGAUUUGCUGAAGGAACUUCUGGGCGGCAUUGAGGACUCGACACUGGAGAGCUGGAUCAAGCGCAACGGAUGGAAGCAUCAGGGCCAGGAUCUCAUUGUCGUCGCCAUGCAGGACGACAAAAUUAAGACGAAAAAUAUCACAGAGAAGAUCGAGUUCGAGAACGUUGGCGCACUUAUGGCACAGUGUCUCUAGGUUUCUCUCUACAUUCAUAGUUUUGUCUAAAUUUCUACGGAAAGUGCAUAAUAUAAAAGAAAAAUAAACGCCCGGCCCGUCAUACAGCUAA